AUGCGAAUCCAGCGAGGCAAACAUCGCCAAUGGCCACUUCGUCUAUCCACCGUGCCGGACAACCUCUGGUGGAGAAAAAGCGUCAAGCGAGCCGAAUGUUUGCAGGGCGAAAUUGGUGGGCUGCUCGAGUUGUCUCCGAUGAUCGAGGAGCACAUGGCCACGGAAGAAUCCGUCACCGACGAUCUUGCCAUAUGCUUGCUUCCGUCGCGUGCCACUCGGGAAGAGCACGAGAGCGACACUGACCAGUCAUCUCGGCAGUCGCCCAUGGUGUGA